GCUCAAUCCACCUUAGCCAUGAAAUUCCUUACUGCCCUUUCUGCUCUCUGCCUCAUCGUUGGUACUGUUGCGGUUGUUCAGGCCGAGCCUCUUCGCAAACGAAAUGCAAACUAUGACAAUUGCGUCAAGGAGCACGGUGCGGGCCAUUGGAAGCCUGCUGGAAAGGAUAGCUGCAAUGGACAGGGCUAUUGCUUCUGUGACGAGAAGACUGGUGGCAUCGGCUGUGUCUGCUAGACAGGCACGAUAUUAGCUCUUGGUUAGCCCUCUCUUUGUAUGUGCUAAUAUACCCAUGAGGCCCUCAGUCAAAAAGACCACGAUCCCUCUGACCGGCUAUCGGCAGUGGAUGAAUGCAUCGCACACGCAUACACGCAAAAAUCGGUGAUUAGAAUAAAC